AUGUCCAGAAGUCUUUUUCUUCUGUUUCUACUGUUUGUCAGUACCAAUGGAAUCCGUUUCUACCUGGCGUCGGGCGAUAAGAAGUGUUUGAAAGAGGAAAUCCACAGAAACGUCGUCCUAACUGGAGAAUACGAGUUCAGUGAAGCUAUCGGAUACACGACGUCGGUUCAUGUAACUGACACCAGAGGACACACUUUGUACAAGAGAGAAAACUUUCCCGAUACUAAGGGAAAAUUCGCGUUUACCGCAGAUGAGUACGACAUUUUUGAGAUCUGCGUCACUAUUCACGCUAACCCAAGUGAGUUUUGCCUUCGAACUGGAGGGUUUUUGGCUUAUUUUUUGAGUUUACGUUUAGGAAGAUUGGGAGUAAUAAUAUGGUACUGUUUCUGUAAAAAUAAUGGAGAUAUUGGUGGAGAUAUCUCACGGUCGACGUAAUUUUGUUAAAAGGUCGAGAUAAUGGCUGUUUUUUGCAGUUUCCUCGAAAACUUGAGAUUUUUUAAACUGAAAAACUUUCAGGCCAAGUCAAAAUUCAACGUGAGAUUUCAUUGGUAUUGAAGCAUGGAGUUGAAGCUAAGAAUUACGAAGAUUUGGCCAAGGCUGAGAAGCUGAAGCCUUUGGAAGUUGAAUUGAGGAGGUUGGAAGAUCUCUCGGACUCUAUCGUUCAAGACUUUAUGUACAUGAGACAACGCGAAGAAGAAAUGCGUUCAACGAACGGUAAGGAUUUUUAUUAUCUUGUUUUAGGCAAAAACAUUUUUUUGGUAUUAACGGCUGGUAUUGAUGGAUCAUGUGGGUAAUAUAAAUGCAUUUUGCUGUUUUUUGGAGAUUUUUUUGAGGUUAUAGGCCUAAAAAGAAGAUUCUUAGUUACUUCUUUUAAUAAAAAGGCUGACAAUUAACGCUUUAAUUUCAGAAUCAACGAACACCCGUGUCCUAUACCUCAGCGUCUUCUCGAUGCUGUGCCUGUUAACGUUGGCCACAUGGCAGAUCAUGUACCUCAGACGCUACUUCAAGGCUAAGAAACUGAUCGACUAA